AUGCUCAAAUCUUUCUUUCUUUCUUCCACGCGGGCUAUUUGGUUGGGUCAUGGAAGAAAAUUCCGUCUAUCCAUGUUUUCUUUGGCGAAGUGUACAAAGUUAGGUUUCGGUCGCGGGGUUUUCCGUGGUCUGCCCGGGGUGUUGAAUAGUAAUCAAUACCAAGUUGCUACAUUUGCCACUGUUCCAACUCCAAUAAGGCAACCCGAAAUAAAGCAAGUCAAGCACUUCAUCAACAAUGAAUUUGUGGAUUCUGUUAGCAAAAAGACAUUCCCAACGAUUAAUCCUGCAACAGAGGAAAUCAUUUGUGAAGUGGCUGAAGGAGAUAAGGCUGACAUUGACAUUGCAGUUAAAGCUGCAAAGGAGGCUUUUCGUCUUGGUUCACCCUGGCGAAAAAUGGAUGCAGCGCAGCGAGGAUAUCUUAUGAACAAGUUAGCUGAUUUAAUUGAAAGAGAUGCACAAUACAUUGCAUCUCUUGAAACUUUGGACAAUGGAAAACCCUACAAGGUAGCCUUUUUGGCUGAUGUUGCUCUUAUUGUCCAGUGUUAUCGGUAUUAUGCUGGCUGGGCUGAUAAAAACUACGGUCAAACGAUCCCUGUAGCUGGAAAUUUUUUCUCUUACACUCGUCAUGAACCAGUUGGAGUGUGUGGACAGAUUAUUCCAUGGAAUUUCCCUUUGCUAAUGCAAGCCUGGAAACUUGGACCAGCUCUUUCAAUGGGAAACACUGUUGUAAUGAAGACUGCUGAACAGACACCCUUGACAGCUCUGUACAUUGCACAAUUGGCUGCUGAGGCUGGCUAUCCCCCAGGAGUAUUAAACAUUGUGAAUGGUUAUGGCCCUACUGCUGGCGCUGCUCUGGCUCAACAUAUGGAUGUUGAUAAAUUGGCCUUCACUGGAUCCACAGAGAUUGGCCAGUUGGUAGCUAAGAUGGCAAGUGAAAGUAAUUUGAAGAGACUGACCUUAGAAUUGGGUGGCAAAAGUCCAAACAUUGUGUUUGGUGAUGCUGACUUGGAUCAUGCAGUUGAAACUAGCCAUUAUGGCUUGUUUUUCAACCACGGCCAAUGCUGCUGUGCUGGCUCUAGAGUCUUUGUUGAAGAAAAUAUAUAUGAUGAAUUUGUUGAGCGUAGUGUUGAGAGAGCACAGAGAAGAAUAGUCGGCGAUCCUUUUGAUGCUGUCAGUGAACAAGGCCCACAGGUUGACAAGCAGCAGCUCACCAAAAUCAUUUCACUUAUUGAAAGUGGUAAGUCAGAAGGAGCCAAUUUGUGCACAGGUGGCACUAGAAUGGGAGACAAAGGCUACUAUGUGACACCCACAGUGUUUGCAGAUGUGAAAGAUGAUAUGAAGAUUGCAAAAGAGGAAAUCUUUGGGCCAGUAAUGCAGAUUAUGAAAUUCAAAAAUAUAGAAGAAGUAAUUGAACGAGCCCACAACACGAUUUAUGGCUUGGCUGCUUCAGUUAUUACAAAAGACUUGGAUAAAGCUCUCUAUUUGUCUAAUUCUCUUCGUGCUGGAACUGUCUGGGUGAACUGUCAUAAUGUGUUUGAUGCUGGUACACCAUUUGGUGGCUAUAAAAUGUCUGGCAAUGGAAGAGAACUGGGAGAAUAUGCACUGGAUAAUUACACUGAAGUUAAAACAGUAACCAUCAAAAUUCCUGAAAAGAACUCUUAA